GCGACAUCUUCUGUCACUGUUUUGUCAAGACAUCUGACACAGAAGUUGGCGCGCGAAGAUCCCCGCAGCGAGCGAUUCGUACAAAAAUAGUGCAUCCUUACCCCCAAUUCAAAAAAUAUUCUUAGAAAAUGAAUGGAGCAACGGACGACCUUGCUAAAAUGGAUCUUAGCGAGCGAAAGCGCACCGAUUACCUGGACUGGAACGAGUACUUCAUGGCGACGGCCUUCCUGGCGGCCCGCCGUAGUAAAGAUCCCAACACCCAGGUAGGGGCAUGCAUAGUGAACGAAGAGCGAAAGAUCGUCGGCGUGGGGUACAACGGGUUCCCACUCGGGUGCAGCGACGAUGAGUUUCCCUGGGGUAAGGCGUCCGACGACCCACUGGGUACCAAGUACCUGUAUGUAUGCCACGCCGAAAUGAAUGCCAUCUUGAACAAAAACAGUUCGGACGUGAAGAACUGCACUAUGUACGUAGCGUUGUUCCCGUGCAACGAGUGCGCCAAGAUCAUCAUUCAGUCGAAGAUCAAGGAAGUUAUCUAUAUGUCGGACAAGCAUGCCCACAAGAGCACCACCAUCGCAGCCAAGAAGAUGUUGGACGCGGCGGGGAUCAAGUACUGGCAGUUUGUGCCCCGGAAAAGCAAAAUCGUGAUUGACUUUUCGGAAAUAGAUUGGGACAACCUGAACCAGCUGCCGGUCACUCCGGUAAAGAGUAGAGGGAUCCAUCAGAAUGGGACUUCAUAAUAGAGAUUAUUUUAUGAAUAAAUGAUAAUUGUACAUCUCUGCUUA